AUGGCUAAACGGAGGUCUUACUCAAAGUUCAAACCAUACAUCGAGCGGAGCAGAGAGUUUUACUUUCAGGAGUUCCAGAAAGAGUUCUGGAGGGAUAGGUCGGCCUACAGCGAGGAUGUCAUCAGACAGGAAUUCUGGGAUGCUUGGAACGCGUUCUGGAACUCAAAGAAUGAGAGGAAGAGGUUAGAAACAGCCCGAGCAAAUCAGAUGAGCAAGCCAGCGGGCGCUAGUUCUGGACCUGUCCGCCAUACUAGUGGAUCUCGCUCUACUAUCAAAGCAUAUCGAGGAGAUGAUUUGCUUCAAAAUUCAGAAAGGACGCUUGGCCGGAGACCGAAUGCAACAGAGCUGUACACUCGCCUUCACUCCACGAAGGCUGACAAGAAGCCGGUCGACAAGCGGGCUCAGGAUAUGACUGACGCCAACAUUGCGAGGCUUGCCGCUGCGACACAGUCUCCGACCGGAGAGGGUAGAUCCUCGAGUCCAACGGCAGUGUACGAUGAAGUAGUGAGUCUCAUACGAGACCCAGGUGUGUGUAGACAUCGAUGGAAUCACAAGAAGAAACGUGUGUACGGCUUGGGUUCCAUGAGCAGCAGGUAUGUGGGGACAAGCUGCAAGCUGCAGCGAGGCAUCUCAUCUAGUUCGUCGGAGCAGGCGGACGAGGAGGUCGAGCGACGUGUGCAGGCCGGCAUUCAGGAGGGUCUGCGACUGGCUCAGGAGCAGCAGGCGGCGACUAUGGCCCAGCUGGUCCGUUAG